AUGCCAUUGCGCCUUGAUGUCAAGCGCAAACUAUCAGUUCGAUCAGAUCGUGUCAAAUCUGUCGAUAUUCAUCCAGCUGAGCCAUGGAUGUUGGUGACAUUAUUCAAUGGUCAUGCAUAUAUUUAUAACCAUGAAACUCAACAAUCAAUAAAGAGCUUCGAAGUAUGCGAUGUUCCAGUUCGUGCUGGCAAAUUCGUUGUCCGUAAGAAUUGGGUGAUCACUGCAUCGGAUGACAUGACUGUUCGUGUUUACAAUUACAAUACUCUCGAACGUUUACAUCAAUUUGAAGCACACAGUGAUUAUAUACGGUCAAUUGCUGUUCAUCCGACACAAUCAUAUAUACUUACUAGUAGUGAUGACAUGACAAUUAAAUUAUGGGAUUGGGAUGCGAAAUGGGCAUUGAAGCAAACGUUUGAAGGACAUAUUCAUUAUGUUAUGCAGGUGGUAUUCAAUCCAAAAGAUAACAAUACAUUUGCCUCAGCAUCACUUGAUCGAACUGUGAAAGUUUGGCAACUCGGAUCCACUCAUCCGAAUUUUACACUUGAAGGCCAUGAGAAAGGUGUGAAUUGCGUAGAUUACUAUUCCGGUGGAGACAAACCAUAUCUCGCAUCCGGUGGUGAUGAUCGUUUGAUAAAAAUUUGGGAUUAUCAAAACAAAACAUGUGUACAAACACUAGAGGGACAUUCUCAAAAUAUUGGCUGUGUGGCAUUUCAUCCUGAAUUACCGAUUAUAUUAAGUGGAUCAGAAGAUGGUACAGUAAAAUUAUGGCAUUCGAAUACAUAUCGUCUAGAGUCAACACUUAAUUACGGCCUGGAGAGGUGCUGGGCGAUUGCAUGUUUGAAAGGAUCGAAUAAUGUCGCACUUGGUUACGAUGAAGGAUCGAUGAUGAUUAAAUUGGGUCGAGAAGAGCCAGCCAUGUCGAUGGAUGCGUCAACGGGUAAAAUCGUUUGGGCCAAACAUUGUGAAAUUCAACAAGUUAACUUAAAACAAUUGAGUAGUGAUCAACAAUUGAAAGACGGGGAAAAGGUUCCAUUAAAUGUCAAAGAAUUAGGCAGCUGUGAAAUCUAUCCACAAACAUUAUCUCACUCACCCAAUGGAAGAUUUGUCGUUGUUUGUGGGGAUGGAGAAUAUAUUAUUUAUACAGCAAUGACUUUGCGUAAUAAGAGUUAUGGAAGUGCAAUGGAGUUUGUUUGGUCACACGAUUCAUCGGAAUACGCUGUACGCGAUGGAAAUAUGGUAAAAGUUUUCAAGAAUUUCAAAGAAAAGAAAACUUUCAAGCCAGCAGCCGGAGCUGAAGGUAUAUUCGGUGGCAAUUUGUUGGGUGUUCGAUCGUACUCAGGUUUGACAUUCUACGAUUGGGAAACAUUGAAUUUAGUUCGUCGUAUUGAAAUUGUACCAAAAGCUAUCACUUGGAGCCAAAACGGUGAAUUAGUAUGUAUCGCAACAGAAGAGUCCUACUACAUUCUACGUUACAGUACUCAAGCAGUGGCGGUUGCACAGACUAACAAAGAUCUCGUGACCGAAGAAGGCAUUGAAGAUGCAUUUGAUGCUUUGAGUGAAAUUCCAGAAGUUGUUAAGACUGGUAUUUGGGUGGGUGAUUGUUUUAUCUACACAAAUUCUCUCAACCGAAUUAACUACUACGUUGGUGGCGAAAUUGUCACCGUUUCACAUUUGGACAGAGUCAUGUACCUAUUGGGUUAUGUCUCAAAUGAAAAUCGCCUGUAUUUGGGUGAUAAGGAAAUGUCCAUUGUUUCGUUUGAAUUGUCACUAUCUGUAUUGGAAUAUCAAACAGCUGUGAUGCGGAAAGAUUUCGAAACAGCUGACCAAGUACUUCCGACGAUUCCAAAAGAACAAAGAACACGCGUUGCUCAUUUUCUUGAAAAACAGGGUUAUCGUCAACAAGCUCUCACUGUAACUUUAGACAAUGAACAUAAAUUUGAUUUAGCCUUGCAAAUAGGAAAUUUACAAGUAUGUUAUGAUCUCGCUGUCGAAUUAGAAAAUGAACAGAAAUGGGUGCAGCUAUCUGAAGCUGCCACGAAACAAGGUGAAAUGAAACUAGUUCAAGAAUGUUUAACACGUGCACAGUCAUAUGGUUCAUUAAUUCUUUUGGCAAGUGCUUCGAGUGAUAAACAACUAAUGGAGACGAUCGGAGAUAAAUCACGCCAAAAUGGACAAUUCAAUAUAGCUUUCCUCUCGAAAUUCGUCCUGGGAAAACUAGAUGAUUGUUUGAAUAUUCUCAUUGAAAACCAACGUUUGCCUGAGGCGGCAUUCUUCGCUCGAACAUAUCUUCCAUCACAAAUCAAUCGUGUUGUAGGAUUAUGGCGAGAAAAAUUGAAACAAAUGAACAUGGAACGAGCAGCAAAUUCUUUAGCAAAUCCAACAGAUUAUGAAAAUCUCUUUCCGGGUCUGGUUGAUACCUACAAAACGGAACAAUUUUUACAGCAACAAAAGCAGCGUGUACCAGCUAGCAGCUACGCAUCGAUGACAUCGAAUUGGGAAAGGAAUCCAAUAGAUGAAAUGAAGUUGGCUGAGGAGAACGGACAGUUUUCAUUCGACCCAACACAAUUUAUUAAAACACCAGCCGACGGUAAUGAUGAUGAUGAAGAAAAAUUUGACGAUGCUAAUGAAAUACCAGUUCCAGUGGCUGAUAAGCCAACAAUAAAUUCGUCUGUAUCAAACAGCCUCAAUCCUUCACCUGGCUCUGAUCGAUCUCGUUCACAUUCUCCGAAGAACAACUCAUACCCUCCAAUAAAUAAAUCAACUCUUGCCUCCCCUGUCAGCCGCGAAGCUUCCGUGACAUCAAAAGCGUCAAGUAUCACAUCAACAGCAGCCACAGCUGGCACUGACCGUCGAACAUCUCUCACAGAUCUCGAAAAAGAAUUAGCCGAAUUUGAUAUCGAUGAUGACGCGGAGCUCAACAAUGAUGAUACCGAUGAAUCUCUCGAAGAGAACUGA